GACCCCCAGCGGCUCCUGUCCGCCGCUGUCACCCUUCCCGGUUGCCCGGAACUCUGCUGCCCUGCCUGGGGCUCUCGCCCCAGCCCGCACAAACCGCUCUGCGGACGGAGGAGACCCGCCUGCCAUGGUCCGCCUUCUCUAGCGCUAGGUCGUUGUGGUUGUGCCGGGCUGGGACCCCUGUCUCCACCCCAGGCACCCUAACUGGGCCUGUGGCUCCGUGGGAGGGAGCUGGGCAGAGGGCUGAGGCACAGGGCCUGGGACAACAUGGGGUCACCCUCUGUCCACAGCGCCGUGGGGAAGACCUGCUUGCUGAUCAGCUACACGACCAACGCCUUCCCGGGAGAGUACAUCCCCACUGUUUUCGACAACUACUCUGCGAAUGUGAUGGUGGAUGGGAAGCCGGUCAACCUAGGGCUGUGGGACACUGCUGGGCAAGAGGACUACGACCGGCUGCGGCCACUCUCUUAUCCCCAGACUGACGUCUUUCUGAUCUGCUUCUCCCUGGUGAGCCCGGCCUCCUUUGAAAAUGUUCGAGCCAAGUGGUACCCAGAGGUGCGGCACCACUGCCCCCACACGCCCAUCCUCCUGGUGGGCACCAAGCUGGAUCUGCGUGACGACAAGGACACCAUUGAGCGGCUGCGGGACAAGAAGCUGGCGCCCAUCACCUACCCACAGGGCCUGGCCAUGGCCCGGGAGAUCGGCUCCGUCAAGUACCUGGAGUGCUCAGCCCUGACUCAGCGGGGCCUGAAGACAGUGUUUGACGAGGCCAUCCGCGCUGUGCUCUGCCCGCCCCCCGUGAAGAAGCCGGGGAAGAAGUGCACAGUCUUCUAGAGCUGGCUUCUAGAGGAGCAGCCCCGCCCCCACCCGUGUCUGCUGUUGUGUUGAGAUGUUUGGUGUCCCUAAGUCUGCUGUGGGGAAGUGAUGGGGAGGGAGGAGCAUGGGGACGGGACUGCCACUCCCGGGGGCGGGGCUGGGGCGAUGGGGUCCGUGGGCUCUGCCUCCCCUUUCUGGGGGCCGCUCCAGCCUCCCCUGGCCCCCACGGGAGGCCGGGAGGGAGCAGGGUCUCCCUCAGGCUGCAGGGGCAGGUCCAGGGCAGCCCCAGGACGGGCUUCCCUCUGGGGGAGGUUGGGGGUUGGUUCUGUCCAUGGGCCCCGGGAUGGGGCGGCCCCUUCUUAUUUUAUACAAUAAACAUUCUCCAACAUC